AUGUGGAAUUUGUACCAGAGUGUACCAGACGGCGUAGUUAUUGACCAGAGUGUACCAGACGGCGUAGUUAUUGACCAGAGUGUACCAGACGGCGUAGUUAUUGACCAGAGUGUACCAGACGGCGUAGUUAUUGACCAGAGUGUACCAGACGGUGUAGUUACUGACCAGAGUGUACCAGACGGCGUAGUUACUGACCAGAGUGUACCAGACGGUAUAGUUACUGACCAGAGUGUACCAGACGGCGUAGUUACUGACCAGAGUGUACCAGACGGUAUAGUUAUUAACCAGAGUGUACCAAACGGUGUAGUUACUGACCAGAGUGUACCAAACGGUGUAGUUAUUGACCAGAGUGUACCAAACGGUGUACUUACUGACCAGAGUGUACCAGACGGUGUAGUUAUCGAUCAGAGUGUACCAAACGGUGUAGUUACUGACCAGAGUGUACCAAACGAUAUAGUUACUGACCAGAGUGUACCAGACGGUGUAGUUAUCGAUCAGAGUGUACCAAACGGUGUAGUUACUGGCCAGAGUGUACCAAACGAUGUAGUUACUAACCAGAGUGUACCAAACAGUGUAGUUACUGACCAGAGUGUACCAAACGGUGUAGUUACUGAUCAGAGUGUUCCAACCGGUGCACUUACUGACCAGAGUGUACCAGACGGUGUAGUUAUCGAUCAGAGUGUACCAAAUGGUGUAGUUACUGACCAGAGUGUACCAAACGAUGUAGUUACUAACCAGAGUGUACCAAAUGAUAUAGUCACUAACCAGAGUGUACCAGACGGUGUAGUUAUCGAUCAGAGUGUACCAAACGGUGUAGUUACUGACCAGAGUGUACCAAACGAUGUAGUUACUAACCAGAGUGUACCAAACUGUGUAGUUACUGACCAGAGUGUACCAAACGGUGUAGUUACUGACCAGAGUGUACCAGACGGUGUAGUUAUCGAUCAGAGUGUACCAAACGGUGUAGUUACUGACCAGAGUGUACCAAACGAUGUAGUUACUAACCAGAGUGUACCAAACAGUGUAGUUACUGACCAGAGUGUACCAAACGGUGUAGUUACUGACCAGAGUGUUCCAACCGGUGCACUUACUGACCAGAGUGUACCAGACGGUGUAGUUAUCGAUCAGAGUGUACCAAAUGGUGUAGUUACUGACCAGAGUGUACCAAACGAUGUAGUUACUAACCAGAGUGUACCAAACGGUGUAGUUACUGACCAGAGUGUACCAAACGUUACUGACCAGUGUGUACCAAACGGUGUAGUUACUGACCAGAGUGUACCAAACGGUGUAGUUACUGACCAGAGUGUACCAAACGGUGUAGUUACUGACCAGAGUGUACCAAACGGUGUAGUUACUGACCAAAGUGUACCAAACGGUGUAGUUACUGACCAAAGUGUACCAGACAGUGUAGUUACUGACCAAAGUGUACCAAACGGUGUAGUUACUGACCAGAGUGUACCAGGUGGUAUAAUUACUGAUCAGAGUGUACCAAACGGUGUAGUUAUCGAUCAGAGUGUACCAAACUGA